CAUGAUUGUUACUGCUUCCUCCCCAUGACAUCAGUGCUUUGCAGCCAUACCACUAAAGAAAGGAUGCUUUCGAAAUCUUUGGGACUGGGCUAAAUGAUGUUGAAUUGCAGCCCCGACAUCAAUGCUAGCAACUACUGGGGGGACUGUUAAGGCUUGCUGGAAAUAACAGAAGUAUGUUCAGCAGUAUUUCUCUUCACAAUGGAGUCCAUUUUGAGCGAUACCCUAAUAUGGUUAAUGCAGGAGAAAUGAAUGGUUCUGGCAACCUGAUGGAUUUUCUGGAUGAGCCUUUUCCUGAUGUUGGGACUUAUGAAGAUUUCCACACUAUUGACUGGCUGCGAGAGAAAUCACGUGACACUGACCGCCACAGGAAGAUUACAAACAAAAGUAAGGAAUCCAUAUGGGAAUUCAUCAAGAGUUUGCUGGAUGCCUGGUCAGGAUGGGUUGUAAUGCUUCUCAUAGGACUACUGGCAGGCACGUUAGCUGGAGUGAUAGAUUUAGCUGUGGAUUGGAUGACAGACCUAAAGGAAGGUGUCUGCCUGUCUGCAUUCUGGUACAGCCACGAGCAGUGCUGCUGGACGUCUAAUGAAACGACCUUUGAUGACAGAGACAAAUGUCCCCAGUGGCAGAAAUGGUCUGAACUUCUUGUAAACCAGUCAGAGGGUGCAAGUGCUUACAUUCUAAACUACUUUCUAUACAUUCUAUGGGCUCUGUGUUUUGCUUUCCUGGCAGUUUCCCUGGUCAGGGUGUUUGCUCCCUAUGCCUGCGGCUCUGGAAUCCCAGAGAUAAAAACCAUCUUGAGUGGGUUCAUUAUUAGGGGCUACCUGGGAAAGUGGACACUUUUGAUUAAAACAGUCACCUUGGUUCUGGUGGUAUCUUCAGGCCUCAGUCUUGGGAAAGAAGGGCCCUUAGUCCAUGUGGCCUGUUGCUGCGGAAACUUCUUCAGCAGCCUUUUCUCAAAGUACAGUAAGAAUGAAGGAAAAAGAAGAGAGGUUCUUUCAGCUGCAGCAGCUGCAGGAGUUUCUGUUGCUUUUGGGGCUCCAAUUGGAGGUGUACUUUUUAGCCUGGAAGAGGUCAGCUAUUACUUUCCCCUGAAAACCCUCUGGAGGUCAUUUUUCGCUGCUCUUGUGGCUGCCUUCACACUGAGGUCCAUCAAUCCUUUUGGAAAUAGCCGACUGGUCCUUUUCUACGUGGAGUACCAUACCCCCUGGUACAUGGCUGAGCUCUUCCCCUUCAUUCUUCUUGGCGUCUUUGGUGGCCUCUGGGGGACCCUCUUUAUCCGCUGCAACAUUGCCUGGUGUAGGAGGCGAAAAACCACCAGGCUUGGGAAAUACCCGGUCCUGGAAGUUAUUGUGAUAACAGCUAUCACUGCCAUCAUCGCCUACCCCAACCCGUACACCCGGAGGAGCACCAGUGAGCUGAUCUCAGAGCUCUUCAAUGACUGUGGUGCUCUGGAGUCCUCCCAGCUCUGCGACUACAUCAAUGACCCAAACAUGACCCGGCCAGUGGAUGACAUUCCUGACAGACCCGCUGGCCCUGGAGUCUACACUGCCAUGUGGCAGCUCGCCUUGGCUUUGGUGUUUAAAAUUGUCAUCACAAUAUUCACUUUCGGCAUGAAGAUUCCUUCAGGCCUUUUCAUUCCCAGUAUGGCUGUUGGAGCCAUGGCUGGCAGGAUGGUUGGAAUUGGAGUAGAGCAGCUGGCCUAUCAUCAUCAUGACUGGAUCAUCUUCAGGAACUGGUGCAGACCUGGGGCAGACUGCGUCACACCAGGACUUUAUGCUAUGGUGGGAGCGGCUGCUUGCUUGGGUGGUGUUACUCGAAUGACGGUCUCUUUGGUGGUGAUUAUGUUUGAACUAACUGGAGGCUUGGAGUAUAUUGUACCUCUUAUGGCUGCAGCUGUCACAAGCAAGUGGGUGGCAGACGCCUUUGGGAAAGAAGGGAUCUAUGAAGCUCACAUCCAUCUGAAUGGUUACCCGUUUCUAGAUGUGAAGGAUGAAUUCACCCACCGAACUCUGGCAACAGACGUCAUGAGACCAAGGCGUGGUGAAGCUCCUCUUUCUGUUCUGACACAGGACAGCAUGACUGUGGAGGAUGUUGAGACAUUAAUCAAGGAGACUGACUACAAUGGCUUCCCAGUUGUGGUCUCGAAAGACUCAGAGAGACUUAUUGGAUUUGCACAAAGACGAGAGCUCAUUCUUGCAAUAAAGAAUGCAAGACAGCGUCAAGAUGGGGUGGUGAGCAAUUCCAUUGUGUAUUUCACUGAAGAUCCUCCAGAACUGCCACCCAAUAGUCCCCACCCUCUGAAGCUGCGGCGUAUUCUCAACCUGAGCCCUUUCACUGUCACUGACCACACACCGAUGGAGACUGUGGUAGAUAUCUUCCGGAAACUUGGACUCCGACAGUGUCUUGUCACUCGCAGUGGGAGGCUGCUGGGUAUCAUAACUAAAAAGGAUGUAUUACGACAUAUGGCUCAAAUGGCAAACCAGGACCCUGAAUCUAUCAUGUUUAACUAGACUGUUAAAGGAAUAAGAAAGUAAUCCCAAAGGAAUCCCUUCUAGAUUAACACAGAGGUGUUCAAUGUUUCUUUUUAUUUCAAAAGAAAAUGUAAUGUGUAUGAGGAAUGGUCUAAUACGACAGAGGGCGUGGAUGCAGGAUGGCACUUCUUUAAUGAGGAAGGCAGUUUAGAAGCCCUGAGCAGCUGCAGACAUCAAGCUGUGUUUUCUUAAUGAGUUUCCUAACAGCUCAAUUGGUGCACUGGUGGGUGUAAGUGAUGUGGUGCUGAGAGACAAAGAGCCAGAAGCACCAGAGGGAUGCAUCAACAUUCACAAGAACUCAGGAGGCAGGUGUGAAGACUAGCAGACACUGUUUUUGUAUAAAAAGAAAGAUUCGUGUUCCAAACUAGAGAGUGUGUAUGAGCAACGUCAGUUGUUUUUAUUACUGAAACUGUGGCUAUUUAUUUGCUAUUGAUUUAUACCAUUUUCAUGAGAAAGUCAUAUUUUAAAGUCAAACAUUUUGUCACCUUCACUUAUUUUUGUAAAAGUUAAGUAAAUUCAGGACUGAAAUUAAAGGAGCAAGAGCGCAUUUCGAUUCACUUUAAAAUAUAGUGGCUGCUGCUCCCCUCUUUAGUCCUUUGAAUUUUACAAUUUAUAUAUCUAUACAGUUUAUAAGUAUACAGUUCAUUAUUUCUGUCAAUCAGCUUUUCUUUAUUAAUGUGAAAAUGUGACUUAUUUUUAAGGAGCAUGAGGAAAAACUUAUUUAUUGUGAGGCUGAUGGAGCACUGGCACAGCUUGCUCAGAAAGGCUGUGAAGUCUCCUUUCUUUGGAGAUAUUCAAAACCCACCCAGAUGUGAUCUUGUGCAAUGUGCUUGAGCAGGGGGAUUGGAAUAGGUGAUCUUUAGAGGUCCCUCCCAACCUCGACCAUUCUCUGUGUGUGUGAUUUCCUAUUUCUCUAUGCAAUUUUGGGUACAGAUACUGUAAUACUUAGUAUUAUGUGGUUUGCUGUGACAGUAGAAAAAAGCAUGAAAGCAAGUGAAGGAAUUUUAAAAGGCACAAAAGGGAGAAUGGUAUCCAGCUCUCAUCAGUGCUGGUGACAAGAGAUUGAAUACUUCACCUGUCACUUCUUGCGUAAAGAAAAUUGUCAUUUUCCACAGAAAUUGGAAGUUCUGCAUUGAUUCCUGAUUCUCCACUUAGUUCCUUUCCUUCACUGGCUUUUCUUGAUGCUUGUCUGCACCUGCCAAGAGAUUCCUUAAGUUAAUUUAACAACCAUAGACAUUUAUUCCGUAGCAUAUUUGUUCUUUAUGCCGCAUCUGCCAGUCAUGGGACUGCAGAGUCCCUCCCCACUGCACUGUAGAAGGGAUAAGGGAUCAAAUGGACUGAGGAUGCAGCCAACAAUAGAAAGGCUUUAAUUAUUUAUCUGUUCGUAGCAAGAAAACAUGACACCCCCACAUAGGGACAUCCAAGCCACUCAGGUAAAAAUGUUACAUUUCCUUAGACCUUUGCUCUGGUCCUGUAUGAGAUACAUGGAGUCAACAUUUUCUGUGUUAAUACACUAGCACUUUAGUCAUUACUGAUUUCAGUAAUAGAUGACCCAAUUCUACUCUCAGUUACAACUAAUCCAUGCUGCCCAGCAUUUGGUUUGUGAGCUUGAAGAUAAUGAGUGGAUGAUUAGAUGCUCUGAAUCUCCAUCAGGAGGGCCUUCUGACUGCCCAAGUCUCUGAACAAACCAUUGAUUUAGGCAGCUAAAACCUCUACUAUUUUUGCUCAAAAUUAUACAGAUAACAGAAGCUCGAGCCUAUUGCACCCAAAAGGUUUUCAAGGACAGAGAUGAAAAGAUUAUGCCAGAAGAACCAGACAAAAGCCACACUAUUGAGCCAACUUGAAGGCAUGAUCAUUGUGUCCUUGAACUGAGACAAUGAGCCAGGUGCACCCUAAGUUAGAUGCCCAAAGUUACAAAUUCCUACUCUUAUCUACAGUGACCCUGCUUCCUUCUGGCAGGUGUCCUACUGCAUUCAGAUAAAGUAAAGUAUGGCCCAAAUUGUUUAAGAGAAAGAAAGGGAUAGUUUUAAUUUGCUAAGUACAGCAUUUAACAAUAGUGUUUGCAACAGACUGACAUAAAUACACGUAGCUCUGACCAAAUCCCAUAAAUAGUGAAGUGUGUAUUUUUUUUGUUAACUGAACAUCUGCAGCAUGAUGUAUUAUUAAAGGCAUAUUGUUAAAACGUAAACCAUGGGACUGAGUAACCCUCCUGAAAAUAGGAAAUGCAACAUAGUGUUGCUGUUUCUUUUGUUUUUCUAUGAAGCAGUCAUCAAUGAAACUCAUAAAAAAGCAACCAAGUUAACCACAAAUCUCAUGAAAUUUGGAUUGCAUCAUCUGAAGAGGGAUUUUAAAAUUCAUUUAAAAAAAAAAUCAGUGAUUUCCCCAAACUAAACCCAACUGUAAGGUUCUGCUCCAAAUUACUAAAAUCUAAAUAGACUAACUUCUGGGGGCAACUUUUUCCUGAGAUUAAAACUGAAAGACUGUCUUUUACUUUUCACUUUUAUGGCUCCUAACAUUAACAUAUGCUCGAUGAACACCUUCUCCAGCUCCUUUUCUGUUUAUAUGGGAAGUAAGUACGCAGACUCUCCCCACUUGAACACUUCUAAAUACCUCUUUUUGCUCAUAAGACAAGAGAAAUAAGUAAGUUCAUUUAUUUGCUAUUUGAAAUCAAACUCUCUGCUUCACAUAUGUCAAGGAAUAAAAGGAAGUCUUAAAGAUUUCUGUGUUAGCCAGGCAGAUUUCAAUCCAUGCCCCAUUAGCAUUUAUUUCACAGCAAAGCUAACUCCGAAGAGCAUUCACUAGCAAGUGUUUACUAAGAACGAGGAUACAUCGAUGCUGAAAAAAAAUUGUUUCUUGAAAGAAAGAUUUUGAGUCAGGUAAGAUUAAACUGGUCAUGAAUACAAACUCAUUUAGGUAUAGAUAACCCAAGUCUAUCUGUUCAAACUCAGUCCAUUGGCUACGCACAGGCCAAUCCUCAUUGAUACCCAGAGGUCUGAUCCACUAAAAUGAACAGCCCUGUGAUGUUUUCUCAACUCAUCUUACUGGGCUGUAUAUGAGUAGCCUUAAGGUUUAAAAACAAGAUCUGUAAAACCAUCAUGAUGGUUUGUAAGAAACAGCAACAGAAAGAACUGUGGCUUUGACUCUAGGACCACCACUCAAACAGAAGACAGGGAAAUGGGGGUUCAGAUCUUUUUAAACAAACAUACUCCUCUUUAGAGCAGGGACUUAAAUCUAAUCACCAGAAACAGCAUAGCAAUAGCUAACUUCAGCUGCUUGGUAUUAUCAAGGCUGAGUUAAAGCUAGAAAGGCAAGAAGGCUUUGAAACAGGAGAGGCUUUGCUCAUCAGAAGACUUCCAGAGAUAGUAUUUCCUUCACAAUACAGUUUCCAUUGCUCAUAUAACUUGAGUGGCUGAAUGGGGAACAUUCUUAAUAGAAAUUAAUUACAUGAUUUUCUCAAAAAAAAAAAAAAAAAAGAAGAGAAAA